AUGCAAUAUAGUGAUCGUUCAACUUUAUACAUGGUUUAUCUUGGCUUAAACAAAUUAAAACUACAUUUAUCAAGUGAAGAUAUUGAUUCUAAUGGAGAACACAUAAUUAUUGAUGACAGACAUGAAGCCGGUGCUUUACUACAUCUACUUUAUAGAAAAUUAACUUUCGUAAAUGAUUACCAAAAAAGUAAGACUCACAGUUAUGUACGACAAUUAUUAACAGAAUUACAUGGCUUUGAAGCACAUCAACAAAUGAAUAAUCCCAUGUCUACAAUUGAUGGACCAAUAAAGAAAAAACAUCGAACUAUUGAAGAUCAAUUCGUUGAUCCAGACGAUGACGAUCAAACUUUUGUAUCAAAUGCUCAACUAGCCCGACGAUUGUAUUCAAUUCCAGCAACAUCAGGAUGUGUAGAAAGACAAUUUAGUGGUAGUAGUCUUCUAAUUAAUGAACAAAGAUCAUCAUUAAAUCCUGAUACUGUUGAAAAUGUAUAA